GCGGGGCGGCGCAUGGGGAAGGAGCCCGGCGCGGCGAGGCACGGCGCCUGCCGCUUCUCCUUGCGGAGCGCUGCCAGCUCUUCCUGGAAGUCCUGAGUCGCGCACGGCGCAGUGAGUUCAUGCACCUCCUCGCCAAGCCUCAGCCUGCGGGAUUUGGGGAGCCUGCCGCCAGCGCACCGCCCGGGCCCCCGCGCCCGUUCGCCGCAGCCUGGGGUUCUCUCCCGCGGGCACCCACCGCCGCCCCCUCGCACAUGAAGAUGUACGUGCAAAGGGCUCUGGUGCUGCUCUCUCUGCUGAGCUUCGCCACCGUGAGCCUCUCGCUGUCCUCCUGCACCACCUUGGACCUGGACCAUAUCAAGAAGAAGAGGGUGGAAGCCAUCCGGGGGCAGAUCCUGAGCAAGCUGCGGCUCACCAGUCCCCCGGAGACCAUGGGGCCGGCCCAUGUGCCCUACCAGAUCCUUGCCCUCUAUAACAGCACCCGGGAGCUGCUGGAGGAGAUGGAGGAGGAAAAGGAGGAGAGCUGCUCUCAGGACAACACCGAGUCCGAAUACUAUGCCAAAGAGAUCCAUAAAUUUGACAUGAUCCAGGGUCUCCCCGAGCACAAUGAGUUGGGCAUUUGUCCGAAAGGUGUCACCUCCAAUGUGUUCCGCUUUAAUGUGUCCUCAGCGGAGAAGAACAGCACCAACUUGUUCCGAGCUGAGUUUCGGGUGCUGCGUGUGCCCAACCCAAGCUCUAAACGCAGUGAGCAGCGCAUUGAGCUCUUCCAGAUCCUUCGGCCGGAUGAGCACAUAGCUAAGCAGCGCUACCUGAGUGGCAGGAAUGUGCAGACACGGGGCUCCCCUGAGUGGCUGUCCUUCGAUGUCACCGAGACCGUGCGUGAGUGGCUUCUGCACAGAGAGUCCAACCUUGGCCUGGAAAUUAGCAUACACUGUCCUUGCCAUACUUUUCAGCCCAAUGGGGACAUUUUGGAGAAUUUGCAUGAGGUCUUGGAGAUCAAGUUCAAAGGCAUUGACAGUGAGGAUGACUAUGGCCGUGGGGACUUGGGGCGCUUGAAGAAGCAGAAAGACUUGCAUAAUCCCCACCUCAUCUUGAUGAUGUUACCCCCACACCGUCUGGAGAGCCCAUCCUUGGGAGGCCAGAGAAAGAAACGAGCCCUGGAUACCAACUACUGUUUCCGGAACCUGGAGGAGAACUGCUGCGUGCGUCCUCUGUACAUUGACUUCCGACAAGACCUUGGCUGGAAAUGGGUCCAUGAGCCUAAGGGCUACUUCGCUAACUUUUGUUCUGGACCUUGUCCGUACCUCCGCAGCGCAGAUACCACUCACAGCACGGUUUUGGGCUUAUACAACACACUGAACCCUGAGGCAUCUGCUUCGCCCUGCUGUGUUCCGCAGGACCUGGAGCCACUCACUAUCUUGUACUAUGUCGGGAGGACCCCUAAAGUGGAGCAGCUCUCCAACAUGGUGGUGAAAUCCUGCAAGUGCAGCUGAAAGGCACCCUGGCCCACCCAAAGCCAAGAGAAACAGUCAUCACCCACUCUCCCGCUCCCAGGCUAACACAAAAGGAACGGGGGGUCAGAGACUACACAUGCUAAGGGCCAAGUGCCAAACUCUAUGGCUUAGGUCUGGCAGUCCUUGGGGAUCUCUUCUGGAACAUUUCUUGGUCUUGUUGGCAGUGUCACAUUCCUUCUGGGAAUUACUUUAGUGACACAAAGGCCACAAUCUCCAAAAUUGCUGGACAGUUGGUGUGGAAGAGAAGGAUAAGUGUGGAGGAACUGAUGUGUAUUUGAAUGCUGGAUGGUUGAGCUGGGAAAGCGAGGGAAUGCAAAAAGAGCAGGUGAAAGGGGGAAUGGAAAUGGGGAAAUGUUUUCUAGUUUAGCUUAAGAUAUUCUAGGACCUUGUCCCUUCCCAGUGGCCUGAAGAAUUAAAAGUUUCCCCUGUGGAAGGAAACCCUGGAUGUUUCUUCAGAGAAAGAAAAUGCACCAAGAAAGGAAGCUGCUGAGAGAAGAAAUGCUCAGAGAUACACUUAUACUUCUGUUCCUCAGAGCUGUGAUCCAGGAGUCCUGCAACUGAAACUCUUGUCUGCCAAAUCUGUACGUUCAGUUGGCAGAUCCUGGCCUUUGGUUUCUGAAUGCAAACUGUAAGGCUCCCAGCCAGCCUGCUGAGGGUGGGCAAAUACAAGAAAAGAGGGUGCAGAGACCAGUUUCAGAGGGACUGAUGUCUCCAUUUAGUUCUUUUCCCUUCCUGGAGUUUCUGAAGGAUGACUUCUGGGUCAGGGCAGGAGCAGUAUCUGUGGGCUCCUGAAUAUUGAGCCCAUUUAUUCAUGAGCUGAUACACCCAGAAGACCACUUGUCUGUUGUGGUUUGUAAGGUGCUUUGGGGUGUUCUGCACCUGUUCUGCACAAUGACCUGAAUAUGACCCAGGCCUCACCUGCUAAGACUUAAAAAAUAGUAAUCUCAAAAACAUUGUAAAAAAUAAAUAUAUGGGGGGAGAUGCUCUUUUUCUUCACAAGCAAGUUGUUAGUUGGAGGAUUAGAUGGUUUGCCGUUUUAAAAUUACUACUGCUGCGACAUAUUCACUCAGUCUAAAAUCUUUCCCCUUUCCAAAAUAUCUCCUCAAGGGACAGAUAGAAUGUAGGUCAGCCAGAGAGCCCCAGAAUGGAAAUUCCUUGGUACCCUCAAACUGCCUGAUGUUUAUGUGUCCUGUCCUGUCCUAGUGCUUCAGACAUAUACAUCACCUCUGACAUCUGCUUUUGAUAGAUUCAUAUGAAGCUUCCUUCAGAUACCAAAUGCUUCCAACAAUACUGUUCAAAUAACCAAGGCGGAGCCGUUGCCACAGCUGACCAAAGUCCUAUGUCCAUUUGAAUAUACAAUCUGCUAGUACAGACUUGUACAUAUACCUUUUCUUCCCAGAAAAGAAAUCAGGAAAGAAAUCAGUGCCCAGGAAAGAAAUCAAUAGAUUUUCUUAAGGAAAGUACAGGCCUUUUCAGCCACCUAUGGAUACUUCCAUAGGUAAAAAUCUCUGGUACGUGCAUGCCAUACAAGACGCAGAGGCUGCCUCUCUGGAACAGGUUGCUCAGGGAGGUUAUCAAUGUCCCCUUCCUGGAAGUGCUGAAGGCCAAGGUGGAUGGGGCUUUAAGCAACCUGGUCUAGUGGAAAGUUACUGCCUAUGCAGGGGGGUUGGCACUAGGUGGUCUUUUAAAUCCCUUCCAACUUAAACCAUUCUAUGAGUCUGUGAUUCUUUGACUUUCUAACCACAACUAGUCACAGUUUAAGAGAAAACAGACGUUCCUCCCUGACCUCUUUCCAAUUUCUUGUCCCAAGAAACUGCAGGUAAAAUGACAUCUAGCUAGUGAAUAGUUGUGGCCAGGGCUCUCUGUGAUUAGCUCAGAAUUCAGCUUUUCCAUCAAGCCCUCCAAGAUAAUGGCUGUUUCCAUAUGCCUCACAUGAAGCUGCCAUAGCAUGUACUCUCAAACGUCUUAAUAAACGGUAAACAACCCUUUCUGCACCAUCACCAGCUGACACAAGGUUAGCAAGGGUGGGGCAGAGGAGGGAGCACAUCAACCUGUGUGACAUGCUGGCUCAGGCACACGUGCUCUGAGAGAGGCUGUUGCCAAUGCUUAGCUUUAUCGCUUUCUUCUCUGGGGCUCCCUGACCUGUCAUCAGUGUGAAAGGUGCAGCUCUGAUCAGUCCUGCUGCACUAAAGUGUUACUGUGCCCUCUACAGCUCUCCAUGCCUAUAUCUUCCCCUGCCUACAUAAGGAGGGAGCAAGUUAACACUACAACUACACUACCUUGCUGAUAGGCCAGAAAUUCAGUGGUUGCACCGUGGGGUGGGGGGAAAUCCAGAUGCCAGUUGGCAUAAGAAUUCUCUCUGAUCUCCCUUUAGCAGCAGACCCUGGGGAGGUUUUGGUUUACAAGUUGUAGGUUGUUAGGUCAUUCUUCCUCCUGAGCCCUGGGCUGGCACUGCUGCCCAUGCAAUUAAAGUUCUUUCCUUUCUAGAAGGAGGGG